ACUUGCGCACGGCGCUGCACGCGCACUCAAGCCGCUAAACAGGAGGCUUCCGUACGGUCACGCCACCUUCGGCGGGGACCUCCGUAAUGUGUCUUACCCUGGCUUGGAACGGCACGGCUCGGUGUGCUGCUGCUGCUACACGGCCCCGCUAGGCCGGCUGCCCUGCUUGAGGAAAGGACACGACUUCGCCAGCAGAGCAAGCCAAGCAGAAGACCACCUGUCCACGAUUCAUGUCAACCGUGCAAGAUGAGUACAGACAGACCCAAACGGAAUAUCAUCAAGAAAAAAUUUGACAUCAGCGAUGGCAUGCCUUGGUGUGAAGAACGUCUGGUGCGCAAAGUUCUUUUCCUCUCCCUCAGGGAAUUCCGAGACACGCGCCGUGCCACACACAAACACUCCCACGAACGCGCACACAGACGCCAGCAUGCGUGUAAAAAGUCGCUUUCACGUGCUCUGCAAAAGCCAGGCGAAAGAAGCCCGCAACAGCGAGUCUCACACAGGCUGCAGAACAUGCAGAAAAACACAGAUGGUCUUCAAGUCGACCCCAAGUCGCAACGCUCGCCUGAUCACACCAGUAAAGUACAGAAAACCAAGUUGUCUCGGAAUACGCAGUCACACAAACGUACCAGCACUCCUAUGCGACAAAGCGUGCAAACACAAUCCAAAGCCGUGCGACACCCCGGCUUGCGGGAACACGCGCACACGUUCCGGAAGGACUCUUCGACCAGGACGCUGCGGUCACACAAAACACAACACUCACCGUCAACGUUGAACUCAAAGUACACAAAAAGUAUACAAGUAACAUGCAAAGACCAGCACAAACACUCCGUAAAGAAGAGGAGCACACCACAGAACGUGCAGACCCUGCCCGGCGUUCCUGUUCCAGCCAGGAGGCGGAGGUCACACUCCACCAAAGGCAUGAGGGGUUCCCUGCUUCACGGCAUCGGCCACCGUCACCCCCUGUUGUCAGCUAACCCGAGCUGGAGCUGGUCCCUGCAGACCUGCCCUCAGCGCCACCCUGCCAGCCUCCUUUGUGACAAGAAUGACCCAGAUAGGAGGCCAAAAGUGCAAGCUCAAAGAAAGUUUGCCCAGUCCCCUCCCAGUUCUCCGUGUCCACUCAGGAUGAUGUCAACACAAUACAGCCAGCACAACCACAACUCUGCCGCUGUCAGCAGUCUGACCAGACGUCGACCCAAAACCGAGGACUUCUUGUCCUUUCUCUGCCUGAGAGGUUCUGCAGCGUUGCCAAGGCACGUGGCCUUCUUGAAUGGCCGAGAGAAAGAACCAGCCUCCACGAGACGUGUUAGUCCUGUGACCGAGGGGAAGAACUUGACUCUUUUUGUGCGGAAUCUUAGAGGCUCUGUCGCUGCGGAGGACAACAGCCUUUGCCCUCUAAGUGCCCGUGCACAGAGGAGGAGAGGGAGAGAGAGGUGGGAUGAAGAACAGACGAGGAAGAAGGAGAUAGUGGAGGAGGGGAGUAGAGAGGAAGCAACGAAACACUACCUAAGACCUAGACACCUCUCCAUGCAACUCAGGAGGAAUCAGAAGGUCACCCAGGUGACCAGACUCGCUGAACAUAGAGCUUCCUUUGUCAGAUCUGUGUCGACCUUGAAGCCGAAGACGGGGGUUGGCAGCCGGCGAUCCUCGCGGCCGAGCAAUAACCGUAAAGCUGGAGGCCACUCCCGAAGGCGAUCACAGGAAUCCAACAGCAGUCACCACUCCCCACCCAGCAACCAGCAGCUGCCUCACAAUCAACACCUGAAUGUUUCUCAGUUCAACAGAAACCCCAAGACUCUCAGAGCUCCUCAGAACUCAGGAAGAACUUUCAUUCAAAUGCCCUUGACUACUAACUUAGCCCAUCUCAAUGAGACCCCUGGGGCUAUGAGAUUGUCCCGAAGAAGACGAGGCCUUCCUCCAGACACGAGCUCGACUCCUGUCAAUCAUUUUCCCACAGACAAUCCCACAAAAGAGAGGAAGAAGUACAGAACACUACAGUCCAACGGGAAUAUCCAGCUUGACAUUGACUGCUGUAAUGGCGACACCCUGGUGAUGGAGGCUCGCUGUAACCAAGACGUCAACGUGGAACAUGUUGGCCAUCAGGUAAAAACCCCAGUCAAAUGUGGGUAUGGCGAGCUGACACCAGUACGGGACGGUUACUUUCCUAUGGAUCGAAUCGGAAAGUUGGAUUUAGCCAACGUUGCCACUCAGGAGGUCAACGACGACUCUGACCUCGGCGCAGUCGGCGAGAUGAUAUACAGACACAUGCGGGAAAAAGGGCUACGGAGAAACCAGACGGCUUCAACUCCAACCUCCAGGACUCCCGUUUCUAAGACUGUUAUCAGAGCUGCGGGAGACGCCAGCGCUCCUCAAGCUUUAACCAACUCAGCGACAUCAGCGUACGUCCGUGACCGCCCACCAGCCGAUGCUGCUGCCGCGCGCAGUCCAAAGGGUGCUAAAAAAGGUGCUAGCAAAGAUGUUGUCAAGUUGAUUUCACCAGCCAGCAGCUGCUCUUCGAACUCUUCCAAGGGCUGCGCUGAAGACUCCACAAAGGAUAGCAGCUACUCCAGCACUUCCAAGGGCUCCACAAAACGUCUUAGGCGGACCAAGUCUACUACCUCAAGCAUUAAAACCAGGAGCAGCCCAAGAGUCCUUCUGAAGCGCUGAAAGCCACCUGAGCCAUCUUUUAAUGUGUUUACAGAUUCACUGUUUGCUGCGUAACGACUUCAGGAUCGUCACAAGAUUACAAACGUCUCACAAACCAGUGAGUUCCAUUUCGAGAUUGCUAUCAAAAAUGCCUUCCUUUUCAAAUGUGGAUCCCCGUGUAUCGUGAUCAAAGUGUCGCUUUUUUUAGUGUCUGGUCUGGGAAAACAAACACACAAUGACUUCAUUGAACCAGAUAAUAAUAACAUGAUAAUAAUAAUGACUAAAAUAAUAGCUAAAACUCAACAUUGAUCAUCCGACGUCACUUCCUGUUCUCCGCACAUCUGUCCACCCACCGCUAAGGUCCCCUAGGGGACACAUUUAGUCUGACACACACAAGCAGGAGCUUUAUUUGCGUUAUAAAUGGCUUGUUCACUCACGGUACGACCAGAAAUAACACAAGUAAGACAUGCGGAACAUACAGUUUAUGAACGCUUAUGCCUAAAACGGUAAGAUUCAAACUGCACGCCAUGUUGGGAUGCCCACGUGCGCCGUGCGGGAGGGGAGGCGUUCGGUUUGAUCAGCAGAGGUGCGACCCACCACACCUUCUAAAAAUAUACCUUAACAAAAAAAGAACAAAAAAGACUAAAGUCAAAGUAUUAAGAGGAAAAAUGUUUUCGUCUAACAAGAAAAAGUCUUAAUUUUAAGAGAAAGUUGUAAUUUUAUGAGGCAAAAUUGCAUUUUAGAAGCUUAAAGUAGAAAUGUUAAAGAAAAUAUAUUUUUUAUUUAUUUUAUUUAUUUUUAUUUUAUUUUUUUGAAGCGGUAAUAUGAGAAACAAAACAACAAAGUUGUAAUUUUUGUUGUUGAACCGACAUAACCAACCAACACAUUUGUUUUUGUCAUACAUAAGCUUGUUUUGUUUGUGCCUCAUUAUAAUAUAAUGUUCAAAAAUAUUUUAAAAAGAAGAAUAUUACAAGUCUAUUCACAUAAAACUGCAACUUUGCAACCCCCGUGCCCCCAUUUUCAUUUUUUUAAAAAGAUUUUUUUAUUUGUUUGAACUCGCUUCUUGUAAGAUAAAAAAGCCAAAAUGUAAAACUUAAGCUAAUGACACAACUCGUCACUCAGUUACGCAAUAAUAAAUUACUAACAAGUCAAUGACAGAAAUACAUUAUGACAAUGUUGCAAAAUUCUUUUUUUUUCUUGAACGAUGACCACUUAUUUUCCUAAAUUUUUACAUUUCAAUUCUUCUAAUAUUUAUACAUUUCUUUCAAAAUUACUGAUCUUUUCUUAAAUUUUUUCUUGUAUUUUUUUUUUUUUUUUACAAAUAUUUCAACUAUAUUUUUGUGAAUUUUUUCCUUUGCAAUCCUUUCCCAAAAGUUGCAUCUUUAUGCUUUUUGUUUCUCAUGAUAUCACAACAUACAUAUUUUUUUCUUCUUUGAAAAAUCUUUCUUCUCAAAAAUAUUUUGACUUUAUUCUCAUAUUAUAACUUUUUUACCCUACCUGAUUUUCCCAAAAAUCCAACAUAAGCUUGUUUUGUUUGUGCCUCAUAAUAAUACAAUGUUCAAACAUAUUUUAAAAAGUAGAAUAUUAUAAGUUUAUUCACAUAAAACGGCUACUUUUUUCUUGUCGGAAUAGACCCCCCGCCCCCAUUUUCACUCUUUUUUUUUUUUUUUUUUUAAAGAUUUUUUAAUUGUUUGAACUUGCUUCUUGUAAGAUUUCUUCCUGUACUUAUUUAUGACUUUAUUCUUAUAAUAUUUGGACUUGAUUUUUGUAACAUUUAAACUUUUUCCGCAACCAACCUAAAAAUUGCAACUUUGGUGCCAUUAUUUUUCCUCAUAAUAUUAUGAAAUGACCACUUGUUCUUGUUUUAUUACUGUAGAUUUUUCAAUGUUUGCUGUUGCAAUGUUUUUUUAAAAUAGUUUUCUUGCUAAAUAAUUUUUUUAGAAUGUGGCGUCGGCCAAAUGGUCCCUGGACCGCACUUUGGACACCCCUGGUUUAGAGAGAUUCGGCCACUUCCCAUUUCAAGCUCAUCAUUUUGUUUUGUAUCCUUCUAAGUAGUUCUGGCAUAGCUUGGGUUUUUGGGAAUUUUGCCACUACAGUAACCCCUCACCACUUUGCGCUCCCGGUGUCCCGUCUUUUUAAAAUCAUACGCCGUUUCAUGUUUGAAAUUUGAAAUUGAAAUUUGAAAUUGUUGCUCAAUAAAUAUACAUACUGAAGCAAAUUUGACAUAUUGUGGCUUAAGUGAAGCAUUUUGAAGCAUCGAAAUGUCUAAGUGAAGUCAAAUAGAAUUAGAAGGCAUUCAGAUGAUGCAUUCAAAGACGUAGUGAUGAUAUGUAGUAUUCUACACUGGCUACUCGGUGUCAGUAAUAUUACUGCAAAAACCACCUCUGAACACCCAACGUCACGUCCUGUCCAUGUCACCGGAACACAUUUAGUCUUAUUUAGGUCUUCUAUAUCUUCUUAUGUCUUAUUAUAUAUACUAUAUUGUGUAGUAGGAGUGUAAAGGUGGCUGUAGGGGUUCAUAUGCAUUUUGAAGUGGCUCAAAUGAAGCAUUUUCAAGCAUAAAAAUGGCUAAAUGAAGUCACAUGCUGGCAGUAUAAAGCAGUCUAAAGAUGCUUUCUAAGAUGAGAUGUAGUAUUCCACACUGGUCACUAGGUGUCAGUAUUGUUAUAUUGAUGAAAAAGAGUUCAGAACAAGGAACUCUCCCAAUGCCAACAUGUAAGUCUAUGUCUGUGUAUUCUAUACAUACAUAUACAUAUACAUAUAGGGGUGUUAUUUCAUAUUUAGAGCGCUCUAAUCAUGUUUAAAAAGCAUAUUUAGGAGGUGGUAAACAGAUUUUUUAUGAUCUAACUAUCAAAAGUAUUUCUUUUUUAGAUAAGGAAUCCUACAUCACGGAAAUUCCCUGAUCACAGGUCUGUAACCAAUCAACUGCCAUGAAAAAGGGAUCAUUGUAUAUUUUGUAACAGUCACAAUAAUCCAUAACGUGCUAUUGGAAUGGAAGCUAAAACUCAACUGUCCCCGAACAAGAGAACGCAUUUACAGCAACACAGAAGAGUCUUAUGUCUUAUUUUCUCUUUCCACUAAUUCAUAUGAGUGGAAAGGUGACUAUAGGGGUGUUAUUUCAUGUCUAGAGGGCUCUAAUAAUGUUAAAAUCCAUAAACAUUCAUUCAUUUUCUACCGCUUAUCCUCACGAGGGUCGCGGGGGUGCUGGAGCCUAGCUGUC